CGGCAGCGCUUUGAAAUUCCAAAUGUAGCCAUACCCUCAUCCCUGUGAGCAUCUAAAAAGUGCUUAGGUUUGGAAUAUAAGGCUGGCAACUGCCACCCUGGUAGGCUGCCCCCAGGUUAGGGCAAGGGCAUGAAUCUUAGUAUGGAGCAAGGCUAAUUGCAGACAGGUGGCUGCUGUUAGGUGGCUUGAUAUUAAAUAUGCAGCCAUCUACGCUGGCCCCCACUGAACCCAGCUUGGAGGUGGGCUCCAAACCCCGGGCUCGGUUCAGUAUGGCUCCUGGGACUGAAGGUGUCCCUGGGUGUUUCACUGAGGAAACCCAGAAGAAUGACACCACAGCCAUGCCUGGCUCAUUUGAAAGGAGCCCUGGAGAACUGGGCCUCAGAACAUGAAUUACUAUCUCAGCAGGCCCGAGUUGAAAGGCUGGUGAAGAAGUUGUCUUUUCUGAUUGAAAAAGCAACUCAUUCUCUUGGGCAGAGUGACCCAGAGUAUUUCAAAGAAUUUGAGCCAGUUUUAGGACCAAAUUUUUGGAUGCUUCCUCAUUCGUGGAACCAAACAGACUCCUCACUUGCCUACUCCGUGUUUGACAGCAGCAGUUGUUUUACAGAGGAAAUGAGUGAUAAAUGCUUUACAUAUUUGCUAGGAACUUGGAAAGAUAAUGGCAAGCCCUGUGUUGUCACCAAGGCCUGUAGGAACAUCAUGACAAAGUUCGGAUGCUCAGGUUACCCCCUAUCACAUCAGCUUUUCUACUUCAUGUUUGCAGCUAUGAAAGGCUGUUCAGAUCAUCUGUUCCUGAGGACCCAAUAUUACAAGAAUAUUUUCUGUGCUAGCAUGAUGAAAAUAAAUCUGGUGAUCGAAAGCAUUGGGUUCACGUUUUCCUCUCGAGACCUCUUCAUGGAAAAUAUUAUGUUAUGUGGUAUGUCUGGAUUCUCUGACUUCUACAAACCCAGCUGGCUGGAGAACAUUCUCACAUGGCAGAAGCCCGAGGAGGGAUGCUUUGGGAAGCCCAGUGAGAAUUCUGAACACCCUUCCAGGGUGAAAGACCAAGAGCAACUACUGAGAAGAGUUAAAAGAAGAGAGAAGGUUUUUGCAGAUGGAUGUUCUUCUCAUAACACAGCCGUGGCAGUCGGAGUACUGGGGGGAUUCCUCUACUACUACUGAAAAUGCCAAUAUGUUACAGAUGAUCAACUUGGAAUUUCCCAUACACAAAGUUAUGAUUGGUUAGUCCUGAAGCAAUACCUGCUCCAGUUUUAGCAUGCAAUAGGGGUAGUCUUUUCAAUCAAAAUUUCCACUUGCAACACAGAGCGAACCCACUCUGGUAGCCAAGUUGUAAUCACGCUGACACUGACUAAUGCUAUUUUGGCAGCACAAUGGAGAUUUUAUUAGCAGGUUUUCAAAACUGUAAUGUGCCAGUGGUUAUUACAGUGACAAGAGUUCCUAAUGUACUCUUCUUCCUAAGCUACCAUUACAACUGAACACACAUGGCACAAUUCUUCUCAUAACUCUGCUGACUUUGAAUGCAUCAUCUUCAACAUCAGUGGAGUUUGAUGAAUUUGUUUAUCCUAGGUAGCUCUCACCUUAUUAUCUAAGGGCCCCAAUCCUGCACCCAUAAAAUUAUGAUGAUGUUGGAAUAUCUUCAUUCAGACCUAUUUUGCAGACUGGUUUGACAUGCUGCCUAUGCUCUGAAUAAGAUAUGCCACACAAUGCACAGAACAGAUCAUGUUUCUUAGAGAAGAACGUGGGUGAAGAAAACCACUGUGCAGACCCCAGUGCUGCACAAUCUAUAAGUUACUAUUCUGUUACCCAAUGGCCAAAUCUUAAGAUUCUUUUCAUUGCUAUUUUACUAUCAUUGUAACUAAAGAUGUUCGAUAUUGUGCUACGCUUGGAAGUAAUUCAUGUAUUGUCUGCCACUGCGUAUAUGGUAACAAUGAAAUUUCUGUUACCUUGACCAGCAGCUCACAAGUAACUAUAGGUGUGGGCAACCUGGCUAAAUGAGAUAAUAAAGUCCUGAAUGUUUGCUCAAAACCGUUACCCAAAUGGAACCUUAUUGACUUUUUUCAGUUAGGGAAAAGUCAGAUAAAGAAACAAAUUUAUUCAGGGCAAUGCCCUGUUUCCCUCCCCAAGCACUUGCACACACAGGACCAUGGUGAGGCCUCUUCGUUUGCAAUCUGCUUUCAUUCUCGCUCAUAAUAUCCUACAGUUACUUUCUUAUGUUAUUUACACUGCUUAACAAUAAGGUAAAUUGCUUCUUGCAUUUGUUUCCUUGUCUGGAUUAUAACUGUGUUGUGUCAUGUGGCUGAUUAAAUGAGCGAUUGGCUCCUCUGAGCUACCAGACAGCAUUUAGCACCCUAGUUCUAUACAACUGUACCUUCAGCAGUCUGUUAAAUUACUAACAUUUUACUGUACUUGCUUUGUGGAAGU